AUGGAAAAAACUUCCGAUGCAGCCGAUGAUAUUAUGAAAUCUGAUAAACUUGACCUUAUGAAUUAUCCACACAUUAUUGACGAAUUAGCCGAAUGGUCCAUAAAUUUGGAUUCCAAGCUGUUAGCAGACAAUAGUUAUUCUGUUGCAGUAGAUUUGUUACGUUGCCGAAAUAUUUCAUUAUCAAGUGUACAUCCUUCCUCACUGAAUCUGUCUUCGGAUGACAAGUUACCGGCUAAUAAAAAGUCAGAUCCAUCCUCACUUUCCAAGAUAAAUUACCUUUUUUAUAACACCUGGAGAAAAUUGUCGGAAGUACUGACUUUUUGGUUUCCACCUUCCCAUGUUUUAGUCACUUACGCUCAUUUACGCGAAAAUAAUUGCCCUUGGCAAUUAGGUUAUCUUUCAUCUGAGUCCGUUCAAGGUCAGGCUUUGUGUCUUGUAGCCACUCAUUGGCUAGAGUUAAUGGAAUUGCCAAAUAGACUUCAAAGUUCUAAUUCCUCGUCAUUAAACGAUUUGAAACAAUCAAAUGAUAUCACCCCAUUUGAACUUAUUCAAUCACCUAACAUAAGCUCUACAUAUGUUGAGUCAGAUGUCAAUCAGAUUGUUACAAAUCAUUCUACCAGGAUAACAAGAAAGUGGUAUCUAAGUUACGUGGACCCAUGUCCACAGUGGCGUACAGUUACGUUUUUAUCGUAUAAACCUAGUGAAACAUUUGAGUACGAUUUAUCAGCCAAUGGCUCAAAUUCAACUUUGGAUAAUCUGUAUUAUAUAACCGCUAUAGGUUAUAGUAAUGGUUCCAUUGAUAUAAUUGACCUAUCAAUUGAUGAAAGUGAGAGGCCUAACUUGGACCAAAAUAUUCGACGUAGUCGGAUUUUCAUUCCAUCUCCUUUUACACAGUCGAUCGAUUCGCUUGGUUACAAGAAACCACUCUUUCCCAUUGUUUUAUUGUCUUUCAUUGAUAUAUCUCACCUUUUAGUGGGUCAUUUCAGAGGUCAUGUAGAUUUGUGGCAUUUAGAUUGGAAAGCGAAGAGUUUCCCAGCUCGUAUGAUGAUGAGAAUUUAUUCUAUCAGUACUUACAAAGCUUCUAAACCACCUCCUUUAUUGUCAGCUGUAUAUGACUCAUCGUCCAGUUUGCUUGUUUUAUCUAGUUUACCAAACGUCAAUGUAUCUGUGUCCAAAUCAAUGCAUAGGAAACUUGGACUAUCAUGUUAUUAUGUGUCCAAGAAGGCACCUUAUUUAAUUCCAGCCUCCUCCAGUUCAACAUCUGAUGUAAUGCCUGGUGGAUUGAUGAGUUUAUAUAGUGCAUGGAAAGACACAUCAAUUCAUUUACUAUGCAACCUAUUUCGUCGCAACAGUUACCUGACUUGUGAUAACACAGAUGGAAUCACUUCUAUGACUUUGGCGAAUUUCAGUACUACUUCACUUCCAAUUUUUUCAUCUUCAGAUAUAUCCGACCAAUUAUUGCUUGGUAGCCUUCAUUCGUCAGGUUCAUAUUCUGUAUGGUUGAUUCCAUCUUUUGAAUUGCUUCUUCUAAUUGCCAAUCCUCAGAGUAGCCCCAACCUUUCAUUAUCACCAGUGAAUCAGGCUUCUAGUAUGUAUAGUAGACCUUUCCGAAUAGCUUGGUGGGGUAGACCUUCAGAAUCAGAUGAAUUAUUAAAUCAAACUAUUCAGUUAUGUGUUCUUCAUGAAAAUGGUUCAAUCGAUUUGUUAGAUAUAAAAAAAUGUGGCACAGAAUUUUAUCCUAAAAUAGCAAGAAAACUUGAAAGUUUAAAACUAUCAAAAUUUCCUGUAUUUGCUACACAUUCUGCUCUUCAAUCUAAUCCUCAAUCUUGUUUAUCUGAAGUUGUUUUAUUAUCUUCUUGUUUAAAAGAAGAUUCUGAAUCUAACAUUGGCAACAUCGUACAUCAUUCAUCUAAAACCAUGAUUUUUCAUCAUUGUGUACGAUGUACACGAUUAAAAUCCACAACAUAUCAUGGUUUAUUUGAUCAUUAUAUACGUGUAGGUAAAUUUCAUAAAGCUUUAGAAUUAAAUAAAUCUAAUAAAAAGAUGAAUAAUGAAAUUGUCUAUAAACAAAUGUGGAUUAGAUUAUGUAAUGAAUUUUGGAAAAUCAAUAAUUUUCAACAAUUUCUUCAUUCAACAUUAGAUCCAAUUCAGAAAAUUCAUCCAUUAUGGAUUAUAAAACAAUGUUUAAAUUAUCUGCCAAAAUUUGUACCGUCCAAUUUAAAUUAUACUUUAUUACUAUCAAAUAUUCAAUUAGUUUUAAAUUAUGGUUUAAAUUUAUUAAUAAAUAAUAAACAUUUAAUGAAUAAUGAUAUUUGGUAUUCAACUGUACAUGAUCGUUUCUUAACUUAUCUAGCUCAUAUUCAUUGUAUUGAGUUAAUCAUAAAAAAUGAAUUACAAUCUGAUCCAUCAAUGAAUGAUGAACCAAUUCAUUUACAUCUUAUUCAUCAUGAAACAUAUCAACCUUGUAUUAAAGAGAUUCUAGAAUUUAUUGGUCAUUUACGUAUUCAUUCAUUAUUGUUUAUUGCUUUAAAUUAUGCUAAUCAUCAACAAUUUAUUGCAUUAAAUACAUUAAUUGAUUAUUUUCCAAAAUCUAUCGGUUUAUAUCGAUUAUUGAUUGGAUCUCAUUUAUCCGAGACAAUUAAUCCAAAUUUAUAUUUUAAUAAACUAUUUAAUUUACAAUCCAUUUCACAAAGCAAUGAAUCCAAUUCUAUUAUUGAUAUACAAAAUGAUCAUCAUAAUGAGAUAAUGAAUAGUGUACAAUGUAAUUUUUCCAUUUCAUUAUAUCUUAAUGUAGAAAUUUUAAAUAAUCCAUUAAAAUUAGUUAAAAUUUUCUCUUCUUGGUUAAUUGAACGAGCUAUACAAAUUGAUACACGUUCUGGUUUGACUAAUUAUGCAUUAAAUUUAAUUUCUAUGGGUUUAUCUAUGUGUGAAGAAAUUUUAAAAGGAAAUCCUAUUGAUCAUGAAGUAGAAAUAUGUUUAAAAUCAUUGAGAAAAGUUCAUCGAGAUUUUAUUGAAUUAGCACAAAUUAUCUACAACAAAAAUAUAUCUCCAACUACAACACUACAAAUUUCUAAUGGUUUUACAAGUAUAAUAUCUCAAGAAUGUAAUAAUAAUAAUAAUGGCAGUACAAACGAAUGUAUCAGAGCAUUUCAGUUGAAAAUGAAAAAUUUCCAACAUUUCGAUUCUAAAUUCAUUUUAACUCUUCUACUUCGAAUUAGUUUGAAUCUUAUCAACUCGGAUAAUCUACAUAAUACAUCAUCAUCAUCAUCUGUUAAUUCAGAUAAAUUAGUCUCAUUUGUUGUUUAUCAGUUAUUACCACAUUUAGCUGAGAAAUGUUCUCCAUCUGAUUAUCAACAAUUAAUUAAUCAUUGUCUUUUGUAUGCAGCAAAUUACAUAGGUUUAACUGGUCACCUCAAACUUUUGGAGUCAGUUAAAUUGGGGUCUUUAACUGAUUUUAGUGAUUAUUUGUCAAUAAAUCUAACUGAUGCAGUCGUUUUGAAUAAUCAUUCUCGUGUUAAUGAUUAUCUAAAUAUUUUAAACCCAUAUCGGCUAUUAAAUGGAUUAGUUUAUGUUUUGGAAGAAUAUGAACUGGAUCAUAAAGUUGAUCAACUAUUCAAUCAAGAAUCAGUUUUAUCAUUAUCAACAUACUUAAAUACUGCUAAUCAACUUAUUCAAUCAAUGCUUAUUUAUUGUCAAGAUUAUAAAAUGAUUAUUUUACAAUUUACUAAUGAAAUAAAUUAUAAAAAAUUAUUAGAAAGUAUUCAAUUAAUAAAUCAAUUUAUUCUAGCUUUCAUUGAAUUUCAAUCAUUGAUACAAUCCAUUGAAAAAUGUAUUGGUUCAUCAAUUCAAUUACCUUUCAAUUCUAUUGGAUCAUUUUAUCGAUGUAGUCAAGAUGCAAAAUAUUUUUGUCAUUUAUUAAAUAAUUGGAUGCAAAUAUUUAGUCGAUUAGCUAUGACAUAUGAAUAUGAAGAUAAUAUCUCCGAUGAAUUAAUUCAUGAUAGUAAUAAUAAACGUAUACAACGAUCACAGAUUUCUGAAUCAACUAUAAAGAAACUCAAUGAUACUUUCUGUCAAUUCUACAAAAUUCUAUCAAAAGCAUUUCAUCAUUGUCCAUCUGAAUCAUGGUUAGAAAUUGGUUUACAAUAUACAUUAUUCGCUUCAGGAAAUGAAUAUUUUCUUGAAUUAUCAAGAAAUUUCUGUUUAAAUUUCAAUGAAUCACGUAUAAAUUUACAGAAAACUAUUGAAUUAUCUGAAAAUUCAUUAAAUACAUGGAGAAUUUGUUUAUUAAAUGCUAUUCGUACUUAUGUGAAUACAUCUGUACCAAUGAGAUCCGAUUUAAAAAUGGUAUUUACUGACUGUCAAACAUCAUCAUCAUCAUCAUCAUCAUCAAAUGUCUACUCUAAUAGAAUUAUAGAUCCUAAUGAACGUUUAGCACGUCAUUGUUUAUCCAUUAUUGAUUCAUUACAUAAUCAACUGAAUUGGAAUCAAUCAUUGUUAUUAGAAUUUCAUAUAGAAAAAUGUUUAUUAGAUGCAUCAACAUUUCUUGGAACAAUUCAUAAAAUAUUAUCACCAUCAAUGAUAUCAUCAUCUUAUUUACCAUAUAAAUUAAGAUAUUUAUGGUGUACUACUACUACUACUACUACUACUACUACUACUACUACUACUACUACUACUACUACUACUACUACUACUACUACCACCUCUAAUAAUAAUAAUGAUAAUAAUCAAUCGAAUGAAUUAUGUAAUAAACGUAUUGAUUUAUUGAUUGAUGCAUUCAAUAAAUUAAUUAAAUUAUUUUCCAUAGAUACUAAAACUAAUUAUGAUCAUAAUUAUCUAAAAAAUUUAUUUAAUCCAAUAUUAUUACAUAAUAUAGCUAAUAGUUUUUUAAUAAAUAUUGAACAAGUAAAAAUAUGUUUUAUUCAUUCCAUGUAUCAUUAUAUAAAACUAAAUACCAAUGAUGAUUAUCCUAAUGUAUAUUUAUUAAAUGUAACUUAUAAUUAUUUAAAUGAUUUAAUUGAAUUACGUAAUGAAUUAUGUUGGCAUGAAUGUGCUAAUUGGGCUGGUUAUGAAUCGGAAUUAUAUGAUCCAUCAGAUAUUUUUAAUCAUCAUAAUUAUACUACUCAUAUUAGUAAUAGUAGUAAUAAUAAUACUAUUAAGAAAUUUGAUAAUAAAUUAUAUUCAUGGACAUAUUUACAUGCAUUAUAUAAUAUCGAACGGUCAAAAUAUAAUUUCUCUAAUACGAAUAUAGAUAUUAUGGAAUUAUGGAAUGUGGAACGUUAUCGUUUACGUCUAGCUAGAUAUGCAUUAGCAUAUUGUAAAUCAUUAGAAUAUUUAUAUGAUUUAAGUAAUUUUAUUGGAUUAUGUACAUUACGUCUUGAAUGGAUUACAUUAUCGAUUAUUAUGUUAAAUAAUAAUAAAAAAGAAAGAAGUAAUAUUAAAAAGUUAUCUCGUAAUAUGUAUAAACAACUUGUUAAAUUAAUAUCAUCAGAAUAUCAUCAAUUAGAAACUGAGAAUAAUAAUAAUAAUCAUGAUAAAGGUAUUACAUUAUGUUUACCACCAUAUUAUUCCGAAUUAACAAAUGAUCUAUUCACUGAAUUAAGAUCAAAUAUAUUCGAUGAACUUGAACCAAUUAAUUAUCCUAAUUAUGGUUUAAAUGAACAACGUCUAUGGUUUGCUUUUCUAAUUCAUUGGGCUAAAUUGAAUCAAAUCAAUAUAUUUAAUGAUCAUGAUGAUGAUUGUAAUCCUAAUAUUAUUUGGUGUAAAACAUUUUUAGAAGUAAUGAAUCGUGAUACACGUUUAGCAAUUAGUUAUUCAGCUAUUGGUUCAAAAUGUUGUCGAUUUUAUUCAUCUAAUUCAAUAUCCUAUUUGAAUUAUAUAAAUCAAGUUAGUUCUGUUUUAUUACCAUUUUUGGAAUCAUCUAAUAUUUCUGAGAAUUUCGAUAGUACAUGUCGUAUUGUAUUAGUUUUAUUAUGUUAUAUUUUGAUAUCAGUUUAUGAAUAUAAAACUAUUGAAUAUUGUCUUCCAUGUGGAUGUUUUCCAUCAGGUAAAUAUUUAUGUUCAAAAUAUUGUUCUUUGAUUACAUCUAAUGAAUUUAGUCAAGAAUUUAAUCAACUUCAUAAACAACUUAUUCAUACAUUGUCAAUUGUUUUAAGAGAAAGUCUUAUUCAUCGUCUUGUUAUUAAAUUUCCAAGUAUUGAUUUUAUACGUUUUCAUAAUGAUCAAAAAUAUCGAGAAGAUACUAUAUAUGGAUUAUGUUCAACGAAUUUUUCACUUGGUCUACGACUAUGUUCAUGUUAUAAUCUUUCACAAAUUGAAGGUAUAUUUUGUCGUCUUGAAUGUUUAUUCCGUGAUGAAGAUUGUACUAAUGAUAAAAAUAAAAAAAUGAUAAAUCAUAUUAUUAAAUGGAUUUUAACAUAUCCAAAUGGAAUGGAAAUUUUAAUUCAUCGUAUUCAUCAAACUAUUUAUCCAUUUCUAAUACAACUUUCACAAAUAAAAUUAUUUUUUGAUAUAUUACCUAAUGAAUGUAAUUUACAGGUAUUUGAUGGUCUUAAAAUACAAUCACAUCGAAAGAUAUUAGAUAUUUUAUCAAAAUUAAACGUUGAUGAUACAUUUUUCAAUUGUCUAAGUUAUCCUGAAUUCCUCAAGUAUCUUCAUGAAUCUCCUGAAUUGCAUAAUCAUCCACUUUUUAACUUUAUCAAAACUAAAUCUGAUGCAGAUGUUGUAGCGAAAGUUGUUGAACAAAUGCAAAUUGAUGAUGACAGUAAUGAGAUCACGUCUUUACAAGUUGGUGAUAUUUAUGCAAUAUUUGGUUUAAAAGUGUUUUAUGACUCGACUUUAUUUGAAUCUUUCAAAAAUAUGUCUGACUUAUUAAAAUUAUUUGAAUUGAUCGCUCCAGGUAACACUUCAAAUGAUGUUUCACGCUUUGUAAAGUGGUUGGAUGAAUUGUUAUAUGAUAGUACAUUUUCAGAAAAUUUAUCUAUUAGUCAACGUCGUUUGGUUUUGAAAUCGGCACAUUCUUUUGUUUCAAGAUUAAAUAAACCUACUACUGAAAAGAUGAUCAAUGAUUAUGUAUUAAAUUUCAAUCAAAUUUUAUAUUUAUUAAAUAACAUUUUAUUUCCUCAAGAGAAUACCAUUCACAAUGAUCAAGAUGAUUUCAAUGAAAUAGAUCUAAAUAAGAAUUUUAUUAAUAAAUUCUUAUUACCUAAAGAAUUCUAUUAUAAAUUAAUGAGUAUCAAACCAACUAAUCAAUUAGCUAAAAUUGAUUUCCUUAAAGAGUUUAUCUUUACCAUCAUUAAUAAUCCUUUGAAUUGUAUUCAUCAACAUAGUAACAAUGAUAUUUCAUCUCAUUCGGUUUGCUUAGAAAUUGCUACAAAGUUACAAAUUCUUGGCUGUUUAUUACCACAUUGUUUGAAAACGUUAAAUAUUGAAAAUGAAAUUUGGUUAAAUAUUCUACAAGAAAACUUAUCUAUUUGUUUCUCAUUAUUAUCAUCAAUAUUUACAUUAAAUUUUGAAUAUUUUUCACAAAUUAACAUAAAUCAACAACAAGAACAAAUAUCAACACAAAUGUUUACUAAUUCACAAGUUCAAUUAAUUUAUCCACAUCUUAAUGAUUUUCUUAAUCUAUUUAUCAAAAAUGAUGAUGAUGAUGAUCCUGAUCAUGAUCAUGAUCCAUUGAAUGAUCCAUAUCGAAUUGAUUCUAUAGAACUUUUAACAUGUCUUUUAUCAAAUAUAACUAUACGUCGUUUAUUUGGUAAAAAUUUAUUAAAAUCAUAUUCUAAUCCUAUUAAUGAUUGGGAUGAAUUACAUUUUACUAAUACACUUACAAUAUUCAUGAAAACAUUAAAUUAUUUACAAAAUUCAUUUAGUAAUUCACAAUUAUCUGAAUUGAAUAGUCAACUUUCAUUAUUAUGCAUUGAAGAUGAUAUAAAUCAAUUUCAAAAUAGUAUAAUACAAUUAUUUGAACAAAAUUUAAUGAUGAUUAAUAAGAAUGAUGAACAUCAUCAUCAAUUAAUGAACGAUUUCAUGGAGGAUUCAUUUACUAUGAUUAAGGAAAAUGUAGAACUAUUAAGAUCAAUUAUUGAAUUAAUUGAUCUUAUCAUAAUCGACGACAUACUACCAGAUAAAUGUGAUUUUCUCCAAAAUUUAUGGAUACUUUGGUUUCAAUACUGUGAAAAGUCUGGUUUAAUUUUUAUGAACAAUGAAUUAUUCAACUCUGAAUUAUUCAUAUAUCAAUGGACAAAAUUUUGUAUUCCACCAAUUGAAUUUACUAAAGCCGGACUGAAACGAUUAUCAGAUUAUUACACUUUCAAUAAAUCAUUCCCAUCUUAUCCAAUUACAUAUCAAGCUGCACUAUUUAGCAAUGGUUUAUUACAAUCUAAUAUUGAUUUGAUCAAUUCUACAUUGUCUAUUUUAUCUAAUAUAACAGAUAAUGAUUCGAUUAUUGAUUAUUUAGAUUCAUAUGUCUGUUGUUAUUUCAUAUGUAAUCACUAUAAAUAUUACUUAAAUUUAAUGAAUAAUAGUAGUACAUGUAAUGAUCCAAUCAUUUCUAAGAAAUUCUUUUCUAAAUUAUUCACUUCAUUGAUUGAUUUACUUCAAUCAAAUCAUUCUAAUCAAAUGAUUUAUUAUAAAAUGGGAUAUAAUUUCUGUUUAUUAUUACGUAAUGAGAAUAUGUGGUUAGAAGCAAUGAAAAUUUAUCGGAUUAUACAUCGAAUUGACACCAAUAAAUUACCAAUUGAAUAUCUUAUGAAAUUAAUUCAUGAAUUAAAAUAUAUUGAAGAAUAAAAUUAUUACUAUGUAAUAACUUUCAUUAAAUAUUUUCUACUGUAUAGAAACUGUUUUUUUUCUUUCUUUCUUCUUUUUGUUUGGUUCAUUUGGUUUUAUUGUUCAAUAUUUUUUUUUCUUUGUGAAUAAAUUAUUUUUUUAUUCAUUUCA